AUGGUCGACAGCUUCCAGGAGUUUGCCACUGUGCAGGUGCUCAGCAGGAAGAACCAUGAGCACUGUGGAGGAGGAGCCGGACCACAUGAUACCAUGAAGAGAAGCCUGCAGGUCCUGCGCCGCCAGCUGCUGAGUGUCCUAGUGAUCCUGGCUGUGCCAGUGGGCCUGGUGUCUUCUACCCAGGAGCUGUACCCCAGCCGGACCCCCCAGGACCCUGUCUCCAUGGCAGCACCCCACAGCAGCCCCCCUAACCCGCUCUCGGCCCUGGCCCCCCCAGACUGGCAGCAGGAGGGCUCCAGCAGCGGGGACUCUUGGUCCCCACAGGGAGGGGCAAUGCCCACGGGCAUCAUCCAGCCCACCGCAUCCCACAGCUCUUGGGGCUGGCAUCUAAACCACAACACCAGCCUGGGACACAUUGUCACACCACCCAGUAGAGACAGCCUCAUUCAAGCUGCAGCUACUGUCAGUCCUAACACUGUGAGCUCUGUGGGAGUUAACCAAGACCCUGGCCUUAGCUCUGCCAGCCCCAGCCCAGUCAAGCAGGCACACUCCCUCAGCUCUAGUGCGCUCAACCAAGGCCACAGCUCCAACUCUCUCAGUGCAGACCAGGGCCUCAUGCCCAACUCGUUCAGUGUAAAUAAAGCCCGUAGCCCAGAUACUGUCAGUGUUAACCAGGGCAACAGCCCUCCUAGCCCUACCAACUCUGGUGGCCCGCAUAGUGAGGUGGCUCCAGACUCUGGGUCUGCCCUGGCUCCUCCUGUGCCCAGCCCACUCACAGAGAGAGGGCAUACUCUUGACCCGGAGCUUGGUGGUCUCCCGUCCCCCACACACACGCAUGCCCCCCUGGUGGGGAAUGACGAGGAGGCCACAGACCCCAGUCAGCAGGACUUCACCACUGAGCUGCAGCCUUCCUCCCUCUCCUCCUCCUCCUCUUCCUCAGUGGAUGCUGCUCUAGAUCAGACCCUCAGGGAGCAUGUUGAAGCCACGCCCGAGCUGUCCCGACCCCACGCCAUCACCCUACGGGGGGUGCACCCCAUGGUCAACGAAAGGCCCACCAGGGAGCUCAAAACAGAGGGGCCUGCCUCUCCAAAAGAGAGCCCACCAGACAAGCCCCCCUCCCCGGCCCCCACCUCUCCAUCUCCCCCCUCCCUGACCCAUGCCAGUCUGGCCCCAAAGUCCAGCCCUGUCUCCACCAAUGGUACCAUAACCAAUGACACCACAGCCCAGGAGACUGGCAGCGGCGGGGGCCCCCCUCUCCCCCCUCAGGGUACAACAACAGACGAUGCCCCCCUUGGCCCACAAAGCCCACUUGGCAAUGGCACUUUUCAUAACGGCAGUGUGGAGGGCAGCCCUAGCAAGAACCCCUCCUCCCAGUGGAACAGCUCGUCCCCUACGGAGCCGCCCUCCACGGCCAGUGGGAACUUUCUGAACCGCCUGGUUCCCGCCACCACCAGGGACCCCUGGGGUCCAGGCAACGGCUCUGGCCCCGCUAUGGACUCGCCGCUGUCCCGCGCCACCAUCUGCCUGAGCAAGAUGGACAUCAUGUGGAUCGUGUUGGCUAUCAGUGUGCCUGUGACCUCAUGCUCUGUCCUGCUGACUGUGUGCUGUAUGAGGAGGAAGAAGAAGUCUUCAAGCCAGGAGAACAACCUGAGCUACUGGAACAAUGCCAUCACCAUGGACUACUUCAACAGGCACGCGGUGGAGCUGCCUCGUGAGAUCACGUCCCUAGACAACGCUGAGCAGGAGACGUGCCUACCUCCUAAUGGAGACUACAGCGACAGCGGGGUGGUGCUGGUUAACCCUUUCUGCCAGGAGACCCUGUUCAUCAACAGAGAGAAGGCCUGUGACAUCUAG